UUACUCGGAUAAUUAUCCACAAAUGUACAACUAUUCUCUUAUAUACAAGUAUAGUAAGAUAACCAAACUACCAAACCAAUUAAUUACAUUGAACCAGAAGUAAACCGGUUCCUAAUCUCAAUAGAUACCUUCUUCAAUAUCUCUCUCUGUCUCAUGGCUUCUUCUUCUUCUUCGUCUCGCAUCAGGAGGUACCAAGUCUUUACGAGCUUCCAUGGUCCAGAUGUCCGCAAAGGGUUUCUCAGUCACUUACACAAUCACUUCGCAAGCAAAGGUAUCACCACUUUCAAUGAUCAGGAGAUCCAGAGAGGCCACACGAUCGGGCCUGAGCUAGUACUAUCGAUUAGAGAAUCCAGAGUGUUGCUCUCGAAGAAGUAUGCUUCUUCCAGCUGGUGUUUGGAUGAAAUCUUCAAGUGCAAAGAAGCUUUUGGGCAGAUUGUGAUGACCAUUUUUUACGAAAUUGAUCCCUCCUAUGUACGGAUACAUAGGGGAGACUUCGGAAGCGCUUUCGAGAAAAUUUGUCAAGGGAAAACUGAGGAAGUGAAGCUGAGAUGGACCGAAGCUUUGGCACAUGUUGCAAUCAUUGCUGGCGAACACUCUCUUAAUUGCAGAGAUGAUCCAAAAGAUUGCUACAUAUGUUUCAAACAAACUUAACCUUUCUAUCCCUUCAAGGGAUUUUGAGGGGAUGGUGGGGAUGGAAGCUCACUUGACUAAAUUGAACUCUUUGUUAUGCCUUGAAAGUGAUGAUGCAAAGAUGAUUGGCUGCAAUAUCAAAGAGUGCUUAUCAUUAUUGAUGAUGUAGAUGAUCAAAAGCAGUUAGAGGUAUUGGCUAAAGAACCUUCUUGGUCUUGGUUCGUUCACGGAAGUCGGAUCAUCAUUACCACAGAAGAUGAGAAGAUUUUUAAGGAACAUGAAAUCAAUUAUAUCUACCAUGUGGAUUUCCAUCUAUGAAAGAAGCUCUUGAGAGUGGGAUAUGAGAGGACGAAUACAUGACUAAUUGAGACCAAAGAAGAGUGGGAACUUCAAUUAUAUAGUCUAGAAACUAUUCUUGAUAGUAAAAUUGAGGACAUAUUAAGAGUGGGAUAUGACAAAAAUUAUUGAAGAAACAUCAAGCUGUAUUUCUCCACAUAGCGUGUUUCUUCAAUAAUGAGGAUGUUGAUCAUGUGACAUCAAUGCUUGCUGAUAGUAACUUGGAUGUCAAAAAUGGGUUGAAGGUCCUAGCCAAUAAAGCUCUCGUGUAUAUAUCUACCAAUGGGAAGGUAAUGAUGCACUAUCUACUCCAAAAAUUGGGUAGGCAGGAAGUUGUGGAACAGUCUAACGAGCCAGGAAAGCGUCAGUUUUUAGUAAAAGCCGAAGAUGUUCUGAGUGUAAUUGGUACAGUCUAGCAAAUAGAUCAGUAAGUUCUUACAUAUAUUUUACUUGGUACGUCUUGCUUAUUGUGAUAACUGAUAACAAACUGAUCAACCAAUAUUUUUUUUGG